CAUCGCAUCUGUUAUUGAGAAAUGAUGCCGAUGCCGAGUUGACUACAUGGCGUAGAUUUGCUGGCAUGACUGCGCGAUUUUGCCCAGCAGGUGUUUACGAAUAUGUACCAUGCGAAACCAAUGCUGAUACCAGAAGACUUCAAAUAAAUUUCCAAAAUUGUAUUCACUGCAAAACAUGUGACAUCAAAGAACCACGUAACAAUAUUCAGUGGGUUGCACCAGAAGGAGGCAAUGGUCCGAAGUACAAUGGGAUGUAG